AUGGCCUCCCUGGGAGGACCGAUUGUAGAUUGCACCCCUCUCCUGGAGAGGUUAGAGGGCUAUAGCGCCCGACCUUCUCUCUCUGGUGUGACUUGGGCCCACAAUAAUUGGCACGAUCCACAAGCGGUAGCCGACAGAAUUUCCACCUUGGCUAAAGAACGAAAACUGAAACAAGGAAAGGGGAAGGCAGUAGUUUGUGCGGUUUUAGGAGCAGCUCUGGUGGCAGCACAACGGAAUAAACACAUGGCCCAACACGUGGAAGGGGAGACAAUAAAAUCCCUUCAAGAUCUGGUGGGGGCUCUGCAGGAGCAAUUAGGAAAUGAGACAAGACAUCUCUCCGAUCAGCUUACCGCCGAGCGGGUGACUAACCAACGGCUACACACCGCUUUGACGGAAGCUUUGGAGCGGGAGCGAAUAUUGCGGGAACAAUUAGAUGAAAUCCGCUCCCCAAUUGUUGUAGAAAAUUCGGAUGCCGAUUUUGACGAGGGGAAAAAUCCAAAAUCGUUAUACCCUUUUAAAGACCUAGACCCUAUAAAAGAAAUAUUUUCCCUCGGGGAGGGAGCUGUAAUGCGACCUUUGAUUAAAACUGAGACUGUGGAUGGUGGUCAAGGAGGGCCCCAACAAGUUACCACUCGUAUCAUUCCCUAUUCUCCCACUGAUUUGGGUAAAAUUCAGGAGAAAUAUUCCCGGGGCCCCCGAGAAACUGAAACUGAGUAUGUGUGGAGAGUGUCUCUUACCGGGGGUGACCGUAUCUUGCUGAGUGAGGACGAGGCGAGAAGAUAUUGGGGUCCGGGAGUUUUUCUAACCACAAAUGACAAUAGAGAACCCUGGUCCCUGACCCAAAGAGUGGCAUACUGGGCGGGUGGAUUGGAUCCCAUGGAAAGGGGAGACCCCUUCUCGAUUAAAACGCCUACGGCGGGGCACAUUUUAGAGAGUGUACAGAAAACUGCGUGCCUCCAGUUGAUGCAUGACCGGUUAUUGGUUCCGCAACAGCCCUCCCCCAUGCAAUAUGUGGCAGACCCCGACAGGUUGCAUCCCCUUAUAAGAGGAACCUGAUGCUUUGAAAUUAUA